AGCUUUCAAAGUACCUCGUUUCGAGUUUUAAUAUGUUUAUCGUCUGAGUCAGAGGGUGGCACAGUAUCUGAAGAUUGCUUAACUUUCAGUUUAAGCAAAAAUAAAAAUAAAUAAAGCAAAAUUAUUAGUGAAAAAAAGGGAGAAAAGAAUAAGAAUACAGAGAAGAGAACCCAAGGAAUUCUUUUCUUAUUCCAAGCUCUUGACAGUUACUACUCUGUCCACGAUUCCCUCUCAAAUUCAAGCUUUAGAUAAACAACGGUAUAUCGACCAUCAAAUUUACUUCAUCCGCACAUCGCAUGUGAUAUUUUUCAAAUAUUUUUAUUCAUUCAAAGACCCUUCAACAUUCAAAGCUUUUAACUUUGAGAAAACCAAGGCUCAAGUUUUUUGCAGGUUCCAUGGUUUUGGAGCUAGAACGAGGAAAACGGAUAUCCAUUUUUUUGUUAAGUUUUUGAUGUUGGGUUUUGAAGCAAAUUGGUUUUAGUGAACUGGGUUUUGUUUUUGCUUUAUAUUCCUGUUGUUUUAUUUGAUCUCUAUCGGUAACUGGGACAGGAUAAAAGUUGGGCUUUUUCGUUUUUGGGGUGUUUUCCAGGGAGGAUUUGGGGUAUUUCUGAGAUGGGAUUAUAGUGAAUUUUAUGGAGAUCUGGAAGGUCAGUAGUUAGCAGCAAUAUGGAGCCUCCAAAGGGAUUUUUGGCUACUUUGUGGAACUUUAUAUGCUUUCUACCUUACUUCAUUGGCUUGCUGCUUUUAGGCACAAUCAAAGGAAUCAUUUUCUGCGCACCAAUAUGUCUUAUAAUGACAGUUGGAAACUCAUCUAUCAUAUUGGGCCUUCUGCCAUUUCAUGGUUACCGGACUUGUUAUAGCAUUGUGAGAGCUAAACUAUUAGGGCCAGUUUUGAAGCUCCUUAUCUGCGUAUGCCUACCAGUUUUAUUGAUAUUAUGGGUCAUGGUUGGCAUUGUUGGAAGCAUUAUAGGGGGGAUAUUAUACGGCUUUCUUUCACCAAUGUUUGCCACUUUUGAUGCUGUAGGAGAAGGAAAGACUAAUGUGUUUUUCCACUGUUUUUAUGAUGGUACUUGGAGCACUGUCAAGGGAAGCUUCACUUUUGUCAGGGACUUCAACGAUGUUUGUUUCCAUUCCUUCACCUCAUAUAUGGAAGAGUUGCGACAGAAAGAGCCUCCAAAUGGAAAAUACUAUGAGAUCGGAUUUCUUUAUCUUCCUCUAGCUCUUAUAGCUGCAGUGCUUGGUUUUAUGGUUGAUUUGCCAGUGAUUUCACUUAUUGCCCUAUGGAAAAGUCCUUACAUGCUCUUUAAGGGGUGGAAUAGAUUAUUUCAUGACCUUAUAGGUCGAGAAGGCCCUUUCUUGGAGACAAUAUGCGUACCAUUUGCAGGCCUUGCAAUCUUACUCUGGCCACUGGCUGUUGUUGGGGCAGUGUUGGGCUCGAUGGUCUUUAGUAUCUUCCUUGGUGCCUAUGCAGGGGUGAUUGUUUAUCAGGGGUCCUCAUUUUGGUUUGGGCUUUGUUACAUUGUUGCUUCCGUGUCCAUCUAUGAUGAAUACAGCAACGAUGUGCUUGACAUGCCAGAAGGAUCUUGCUUUCCCAGGCCUCAGUAUCGUAGAAACAAAAAGGAAUCCACCUCUAGUGCAAGCUCGUUCACAAAUUCUGACUCCUUCAAACCUCAUCCUCCUGCUCGUGUUGACUCACUUACAAAUACAAGGAUUGAUUUGAAGCCACUUGAGCUACUUGAGGGCUUAUUUAAGGAGUGCCACCGCCAUGGGGAAAAAAUGGUUUCUGAAGGGCUUAUAACUCCUAAAGACAUUGAAGAUGCCAAGUCUAGCAAAGGAAGUAGUGUCGUCAGCAUAGGCUUACCAGCUUAUUGCCUUCUUCAGGCACUCUUGCGCUCUGUGAAUGCCAAUAAAUCUGGCAUAUUGUUGAGUGAUAAUACUGAAAUAACAGCCACAAACAGACCAAAAGACACCUUCUUUGAUUGGUUUCUUAACCCCUUUCUGAUACUAAAGGAGCAAAUCAAAGCAGAGAAUCUUUCUGAGGAAGAAGAGGAUUACUUAGGCAAAUUAGUUUUGCUGUCUGGUGAUCCUGAAAGGUUGAAGAUUUCAAAUAUUGGCUCUCCACCUGAAUCUGAGCGUAGGCGAGCUGAACUUGAUGCAUUAACCCGAAGGUUACGAGGGAUGACCAAAUCUGUGUCAAGGUAUCCGACUUACUGGCGACAUUUUGAGAAUCUUGUCAACACACUAUCUGAGGAUCUGGCCAAAAAGAAUCAUGAUAGCAGCAGAUCGAACAACGGGGCUCAACCAAUUCGGAGAACAAAGAGUGCCCUUGCCCGGAUAUUUAGCAAUAAAUCUUUCAAGCAGAAUGCAAGCUACAACAUGUCUAACCAAGAAUCAGGAUCAGUUAUCUCUAGGGAUAUAGAAAUUGUAUGAUGUAGGAUGUCAAUAUUUUGUCCAUAAUCAUUUUUGGAUAUUGGUCCGAAUGCAAUGGCCUGCAGUUUUCGAGUUUUGGGUUUA